AUGUCAAGACUUGAUCCCUUCAAAACUCCAACCAAACGACAGCCAGCUACUUUUGUGAAAAGGCAACAACAACAACCGCUGAUCAACAAUCCUUCUUUUGAAAUUCCCCCAUCCUCAUCAUCAUGGGCAUCCACUUCCACUUCUCAAAUACCCGAUCAAGAAUUAUCCUUUGUCGAUGAAUUAUUAGAACUACAUGAUGAUGAGACUUCACAACAAGGACAACGACCCAUCAUUCUCGAUAUUAAUGCUCCACCAACACCCAAACAUGAAACUCCCAAAUUUGCACGACGUUUGUCUGAGAGCGAAAUCGCAUACACUUCUCAUGAAACAACUGUAUUGGAAUUGAGCAAGUUGAUUUCACACUUGCAAGCCGAUGGAGCUAAAACAGAAAGGAACUUGAUCGACUCGGCAAGCCACCAAUUAGUGGUCAUGUUGUUUGUGGUGUUCGUGGCUUUGUUUGGAGUGUGGAUGGCAUCGUCGUAUCGACCAUUUUGUAGUUCAUCUUCUUCAUGGUAUCCAUGUAGACAAUGUCCUCCUCAUGCCAUCUGUAGUACUUUCCGAAUUGAAAGUUGCUAUCAAUCUCCCAACGCUGAAUUCAAUUAUACCAUUCACGAAAACGGUCAACUCUGCAUUCGAAAUGACAGCACUGGAUUAUUGAGCUAUCAAAUUUCAAUCAUUUCCAAAGAUUAUCUCGAAAAUUUAGCUUACAAAGUGGAUUGUUUAGGAAAAGCAAAUGUCACCAAGAAAGUUUCUAGAACCUCAAUGGAAGAUUAUCUUGUUUCAUAUCUCGUUCAACAUCAACAUGUUGGAAGCAGUCCUUCUCAUCAUGAACAACAUAUUGGAGUGGAUUCUACUUUUACACAUGCAUUUAAUACCAUGAUUGAACUUUUUGAGGAAAAUGAAUUCUUGUAUCGAAUUGCAGUGGAGGGAGAUUCCAUGCAUUCGUAUCGAUUCCAAAGUAGUGGAUCAUGUCUACUUGCUAAACAACAUUUUCAACGUUUUAUCAUUCCAAAGGAACAAUUUUUAACAAGUACGGAAAUGUUGAGUAAUGUGUCAAGUUCUGAAACAGUCAUGACAGCUCCGACUACAAGUGAAGUUGAGGAGACUUCUACUCCAAUGGAAACAACAACAACUCCAACUCCAACAGAAGAAAUUUCAAGUAGUGACAACAGCAACACAUCAAAUACUGUGAAUGCUGUCGAAGAGCAACAACCUUCAGAAGAACUUCUUUCUGAAGAAGAAAUUUUCUAA